AUGAAGCAUGAUCACAUAAUAAUACUCUUCUUUCUGAUGAUGUCCUCGUUCCAGUGGAAAAUAAAAUUAGCGGAUGCCCUCUUAUUGACGCCACCGUCAUCCAUUUCAUAUUUGCAAUCAACGUCGUCACAAGAAGGAGGCUACCAGAGCAACAUUAGCAGCAGAAGGGCAUCACCAUUUGGACUUCAGCCAUUAUAUGCAGCGAGAAGAAGCAGUGGACCAGCAUCAGCAGCAGGCAAUAAGAAGAAGAAAGCUGGCCCUACUGGUGGUGGUGGUGGUGGUGGUGGUCCAACCAAGAAAAAGAAGAAAUCGAGUGGCCCUCCCACCAACAAGAAGGGAAAUCCCAAAAAGACCCGAAAGACAACCAAGACGGAGAAAAAGCGAGAAAAAGACCAACAAAUGAAUCCAACUUUGACAUCCUCAUCACCACCCAAACAACAACAACCAAAGAAACAACCUCAUGUACCCCCGCCAUGGCAAGUUGUCUCGAAAAAAGACAUGGCGCGCAACGUCCAAGCCGAAAAGAAACGACGGAAAUUGGCCAAGGAAGAAGGCCUUCACAACGUCGAUACUUUGCAACAAGAAGCCGAAUUGGAAUUGGAAUUGUCGCAAUCCUUCUUGUCCGUCCAAGACAAGGCACUGGUGGCCUGGAAACGAUUCAAGGCCCAACCCCGACAGGACCAAGUCGAAUUUGUGGGCGCCUACCUGAACAAGCAACUCCCACCCACCUUGGGUGCCCCCGAGGUGGCCUUUUUGGGUCGAAGUAACGUCGGAAAGUCUUCCUUAUUGAAUAGACUCGUCCAGUCCGAUCAAGCUCGAGUGGGCAAGACGCCCGGAGCGACAGCUUCCGUGAACUUGUAUGGUUUGUACCGAGGUGGAGGAAAUUCGGCGGCCAAUAAGAAAAAGGCGCCAAAGUGUCUGAUGGGCCUGGUCGACUUGCCAGGUUUUGGAUACGCCAAACUGUCCAAAGACAACAAGGAAGCGGUCCAAAUGGCCGCCGAACGGUAUUUGGCCGAACGCAAGGAACUCAUGUUGGGGAUUUUGCUGGUCGACAUUCGACGAGUGCCCAGCGACGACGACAAGGCGGUAUUGGCGGCCUUGUACGACAGUGGAGUUCCUAUCAUUGUGGUGGCAACCAAGGUGGACAAGAUUACUUCUAGUCCCAUUUCUACUAUGGAAGAACUGCCAUUGGAACUGGAAAAGGCACUGUAUGAAAUUCAACAAGAAUUGGGAUUGCCGGAAGGACAACCACUUUGUGUCAGUAGUACGACGGGAGAAGGGAUCAAGGAUUUGUGGAGAAUCAUCAUGGAGGCAUGUGAGGGUGGUGUGGCAGAAUUGCGCACCAAACUAUUGGAACAAGGGGCCAAGGCACGAGCAGAAGACGAACAAGAAAAAUCCGAAUUCUUUGACGAUGGGGAAGAUGUCGUCUACAAUCAAGGGUACGACUGGAUCCAGGAUUCAGCAUCAGUCAUGUACGAAGAUGAAUAUGGCGAUAGCAGUUAUAAUGUAGGUUAUGCUGCCAGUUGGGAUGAAGAAGGCGGUGACGGUGAUGCAAAUGCAAACUUUGAGGAUGGGGAUUUUGAUGAUUACGAUGACCCAGGCUAUGACGUGAUGCAAGAGAUGCCUAGAAAAUCACUGAAAGAAUGGAGACAGCAAGCGGAUGAAAUGGAACGAAGAGGACAGCUGUAG